AUGUCAAAAGAAAACCAAGUGAUUGAAUCUGUUUAUACAGAACCGGAUAAUAUUAAUGAAUCAUCAACAAAAAAAGUCCAAAUGGAUGAACAAGACAAGAAACAUUUCGUUUACAAUGCAGAACAAAGAAGACAAAGAUUGGAAGGUGGAGUUACUACUCGAGAUUUCUUAAUGAUCUUAUCUGCAGGGUUUGCUUUAAUUUCUGAUGGAUAUCAAAAUAAUGUUAUGUCAAUGUUAAAUAAAUAUUUUGCAAUCAAAUACCCAAAAGUUUAUGACGCUAAUAUGUCAGCACAAGUUUCAAAUGCUUCAUUGGUAGGUACAAUAUUAGGGCAAUUGACUAUGGGAUUCUUUGCAGAUCGAAUUUCAAGAAAGGCUGCUAUAGUCCUUUCGACUUUCGUCCUAGUUAUCGGUAGUAUCAUGUGUGCCGCAUCUCAUGGUAAGACUGUAACAGGUAUGUUCUGGAUGCUUACGAUUCUGAGAGGCGUGGUGGGCUGGUCGGUAGGCGGGGAGUACCCUUCCAGUUCUUUAACUGCAAGUGAAGCUGCAAAUGAGUCUGUCAAAAAAAGAGGAGGUGUUUUUAUUAUGGUUACAAAUUUCCCACUUUCAUUUGGAGGACCGUUAUCAAUUUGUGUGUUUUUAAUUGUUUAUCAAAUAACAGGAAUGAAAUCAGGUCUCUGGAGAUCGCUUUUUGUUGUUGGGAUGUUUCUCCCUCUAUCAGUUUUCUAUUUCAGAAUGAAGAUGGUAACAUCAGUGUUAUUUAAAAAAUCAGCUAUGAGAAAAAAUCCACCAUAUUGGUUAGCAUUGAAAUAUUAUUGGCCAAGAUUAUUAGGUACUACUAUUACUUGGUUUUUAUAUGAUUUUGUUACUUUUCCAAAUGGUAUUUUUUCAGCAACUAUUAUUUCAAAUGUUAUUUCAGAUGCUAAAGAUUUACAAAGUAUUGCCGAAUGGACAUUAUUACUUGGUGCUAUAGCUUUACCAGGUGUGUUUGUUGGAGCUUUAAUUGUUGAUAGAAUAGGUAAAAAAUAUACUAUGAUGAUUGGAUUUGUUGGUUAUAUUGUAUUUGGUUUAGUUGUUGGUUGUGCUUAUUUUAAAAUUAAAAACAUCACUGCAUUGUUCAUUGUGCUUUAUGGGUUGAUGCAAUCCUUCGGCAACCUCGGUAUGGGUAACUGUUUGGGCUUGGUUAGCAGCGAGUCUUUUGCUACUCCUGUUCGAGGAACGUUCUAUGGAUUCAGCGCUGUAAUAGGUAAAGUUGGAGCUGUAUGCGGAACAUAUGCUUUUAAAAGAGUUUUAUUUGUUGGUGGAACAAAAGAUAGUGGCCAAAGAUAUACUUUUAUAAUUGCAGCAUGUUGUGGAGUUGUCGGUGUUAUCUUAACUUAUAUCUUAAUUCCAAAUUUAAAAGUAGAUGAUUUAUUAGAAGAAGAUGUUAAAUUUAAAAAUUAUCUCAGAGAUUCAGGAUACAAAGGUCAUUUCGGUUUGGAAGAAAAUGACGAUGAAGAAGAUAUUGAAACUUCUGAAACAGAUAGUGUUGAAUUAGAGCAACAGAACUUUACUGAAAAGCAUUGA